ACACAUGCUUCUGGAACAUUCAGGAUCGGAGGCAAGCUUUUGAGGGAGGCGGUGUUACAGUUGUUAAACUAGGAUAGGACUGCAGUACAAGAAACAUACAAAAGAUGGCGUCUUUAGUAGUUGGUGGUGAAAGGACAUCAGGAAAUGAAAUACGAGAGCAGAAUGUGAUGGCAGCUUCAUCCAUUGCUAACAUAGUGAAAAGUUCUUUGGGACCUGUUGGAUUAGAUAAGAUGCUUGUUGAUGAUAUUGGUGAUGUUACAAUUACAAAUGAUGGCGCAACUAUUUUAAAGCUGUUAGACGUGGAACAUCCAGCUGCAAAGAUUCUCUGUGAAUUAGCUGAUUUACAAGAUCAAGAAGUCGGUGAUGGGACCACAUCUGUGGUUAUCAUCGCUGCAGAACUGUUAAAAAAUGCCAGUAAUUUGCUUCGAUAUAAAUUGCAUCCUACGAGUAUCAUAUCCGGAUAUAGAUUGGCUUGUAGGGAGGCGUGUAAAUAUAUACAAGAAAAUUUAUCCAUCAGUACUACAGAGCUUGAUCAUGACAUUGUCUUAAAUUGUGCAAAAACAUCCAUGUCAUCUAAACUUGUAGGUGUCGAUUCUGAUUUCUUUGCUAAUUUACUUGUAAAUGCUUCCAUGUCCAUCAAACGUACUGGAAACAAAGGGGAAACAAAGGUACCCAUAAAAUCAAUCAAUAUUUUAAAAGCACAUGGUGGAAAUAUGAAGGAGAGUAUAUCAGUGCAGGGAUAUGCUUUGAAUUGCACAGUAGCCUGUGAAGGUAUGCCAAAGAAAAUACAAAACGCCAAAAUUGCGUUUCUAGAUUUUAGUUUACAAAAAGCUAAAAUGCAUCUAGGAGUACAGGUUUUAAUAGAGGACCCUGAAAAGCUGGAUGCAGUUCGACAAAGAGAAAUGGAUAUAACGAAAGAACGCAUUGAAAAAAUACUUAGUAGUGGAGCCAAUGUAAUGUUGCUUUCUGGUGGAAUAGAUGAUCUUUGUAUGAAAUAUUUCGUUGAGGCUGGUGCUAUGGCUGUCCGACGAGUUAAGAAAAUUGAUCUUAAACGAAUUGCACGAGCUACUGGUGGUACUGUUUGUUUGUCACUUGCAAAUCUGGAAGGUGAAGAAAGCUUUGAUGCAUCAUUACUUGGCUAUGCAGAUGAAGUAGCCCAAGAGCGUAUUUGCGAUGACGAGUUGAUUCUAAUUAGAAAUCCAAAAGUGAAACCAGCUGCUUCAAUCAUUUUACGCGGUGCAAACGAUUUCAUGGUGGAUGAGAUGGAUCGAUCAAUUCACGAUGCUCUGUGUGUUAUAAAACGCGUGUUGGAAUCGAAAUCAGUUGUUCCAGGUGGUGGGUGUGUAGAAGCUGCUCUUUCUAUCUAUCUUGAAAAUUUUGCUACUUCGCUGGCUUCACGUGAACAAUUAGCUAUUGCUGAAUUCGCAAACUCUCUGUUAGUCAUCCCAAGGACGUUGACGGUAAAUGCUGCAAAGGAUUCAGCUGACCUGGUUGCUAAGUUACGCGCCUACCACAAUGCCUCACAGACGCAGGAAAACAAGGCUGAUUUGAAAUGGAUUGGUUUAGAUCUAAUCAAUGGCACCAUUCGUGACAACAAAAAAGCUGGUGUCUUAGAACCAGCCAUGAGUAAAAUCAAAUGUUUGAAAUUCGCAACUGAAGCAGCCAUUACUAUAUUACGUAUUGACGACAUGGUCAAAAUUGAGCCGGACAAAAAAGAUGAUGCUAAUUCGUAUCAGAAUGCUCGUGCUUCAGGACGAUUGUAGACACAGAAGAUGGUCUAAUAGAAGAUGUUUAGUGACACGCGACUUCCUUUCCUCAGAUGCAGCUGUAAUAAGUACUCUUUAAAAUGUUGUACCGAAUCUGUCGUUCUCAUAAAAGAUGUUCGUACAUAAAAAAAAUUUGUUGUUGUAAUCAAAAAAAAAUUAUCAAGGAAGAAUUAUUUCCAGUGACAAAA